UUUUCAAUCUUUUCGAACUCAUUCCUUAUAAUAGUCACCGCUAUAUUAACCCUCUUCAAUUCUCCAAACCCACACUUGACCCAUUGGUUUUUUUCAGUCUCGUUUAUUACCUCACGGAAAUUUAAGAGAAAAGGGCGAUUUUACCCCCGUAACCCUAACCCUAGGUUGCUGCUGUUUGCGGUGGUGAGUGCAAGGCGUAACACUUUCGUCUCCGUCAUUUUCGUCAUGAAAGGAGCUAAAUCGAAGGCUGAUUCCAGGAAGGCCGACAGCAGUAGGCUUGCUGUCAAGAAGCAGACAAAGAAGGAGAAGCAAGCAGCAAAGGAUCCAAACAAGCCAAAGAGGCCUCCAAGUGCUUUCUUUGUCUUCAUGGAAGACUUUAGGAGGCAAUACAAGGAAAAGCACCCUACCAACAAAUCUGUAGCUGUUGUUGGUAAAGCUGGUGGUGAUAAGUGGAAGUCGUUGAGUGAUGAGGAAAAAGCUCCCUAUCAAGCAGCUGCAGAGAAGCGCAAGGAAGAAUACGAGCGCAAAAUGGAAGCCUACAACAGGAAAUUGGCUGGAGGUGAUGACGAGUCUGACAAGUCAAAGUCAGAGGUCAAUGACGAGGAUGACGAGGACGUCAGUGGAGAUGAGGAUGAAGAUGAUGAUUAAGCGGUGUCGGGAUCGUCGAAUAGGUUGACAAGGGAUAUGAUGAUUGGCUGCAGUAUAUGUUGACUGCUAACAUUGACAUUGUUAGUAUAUUUUAAUUUUGCUGGAUAUGGAAAGUAGUUUAUAUAAUAUGGGAUUAACUUAGUUGCUUUAAUAACUAUUUUAGACAAUGGAUGGAUAUUAUGGUAGUUCUUAAUUGGAAGGAUUAGUUAUGCAGCAGCUGUGCAUAUUCUCCCUAUGA